AUGGCGACCAUGUCGCGCCUCUCCAUCCUCCUCGUCCUGACAUUCGCCCUCUCAGCCUUAUCCGCCAGCAUCCUCCCCGCCUCCGCCUCCAGCUCAUUCCCACAAUGCGGCCUCACUUGCACUGCCCUGACAAACGCCCAAACCUCCUGUGAAUCCGGCGCAACCGAUUCCUGGACCUCCUGCUUCUGUCAAUCCUCGCUGCUCACCGGCCUCAAAACCUCCGGCAGUGUCUGCUCCUCCUGCAGUACUGAGGACCAGUCCACUCUCUCCACCUGGUACAACAACUACUGCAAAUCAGGCGGCACAUCCAACUCUGCGGCCACGACUACGAGUAGCGGAACAUCCGCGACCGCAUCCUCAACCUCUACCGGCACAGCCUCCAAAUCAAAUGCCAACACAUCCGCCACCGAGGAAAAGAAGUCAUGGUGGAGCACUCACUUCCAAUGGGUCAUCAUGUUGAUCGUCCUGGUAAUCGGCUUCGGAAUCAUCGGCGCACUGGGCGUCUGGUUUAAACGCCGCUACGAUGCCAAACGACCCAAUCUCUACCACGGCGGCAGCAGCGGCGCCUUGAGCACGGCGUCUCCGCCGCGCGACGCUGCCUGGGGUCCGACUGAGCCAGUCAUGCCUGGCUUGCCGACCGGGUCCGUCACCAGUUCACGGUCGACUAUGGCCAAGUCCAGUACACCCGUGCCAUCCCGGUCAAAGUUGUCCAAGGUGGAACACCCGGGAGAUAUGGAGACAAGACAAGUUUGA